AUCUGUCUGGCCCUGUGAAUCUAUUCCCAGCCAAGCUAGAGCCAAAUGGAAGCUGACGCAGACCAGGCCAGGGCAUGUGGGCACCACACAGCAUGGGAUACCUCCGCUGUAUUUAUCCUGCUGGUGGAAGUUGUUUAAAAUAAUAGCAAUGUAUGAAUAACUGCAGCCGUAAGACACGAUUACAGAGUGAGUCAGCUACUAGCCUGGGUGGGAAUAGUUGAUAACACGCUUCACUCCACCUUGAAGUUUGAAUACCCAAUACUAUGGGUAUUCCCAAGAGAAGGACCAACACACAUAGAUCCCCAGGGAAAACUGAGCUGGUUUACCCAUCUUGCCACUAGAUGCCACCCUUGAUCCAGUGAAAGCUUUCAUGAAGGGCCGGGCCUCUUUGCUGGAUGAGCACGCUGUUUAUUACAUCUUCCCUUGAGGGUAAGAGAGGUGGGAACCAAAAAUCAGUGGGUUAUUUGCAAACGGCACCUGUUUCUGAAGGGAUAGGGCUAUGGCAGGGAGGAUUUAACCAGAGGGGCACUGACCCUGCAAGAAAUAGGGGUUGCUGGAUACCCUCUCCACCUGUUGCCAUCAACCCCUCGAAGGGCUGUGCUUUGAAAAGCAGCUGACCACACCUUCCCAUCUGAGCCUCCCCCUGGAGUGAGUUGCUUAUGGGGAUGGGGAUGGGAUUUUGUCCUCGUACCAUGCGUGGCUGCUGUGUAACACCCACUACAUUCCUGCUGCUCUCUUUGCAUCACACCCUUCUCCAGUGCUUGCCCAAUGGCAUAGGAGAGCACAGAGGAGGAGUUCGAGAGCAGGGAGUCUUCAGGAAUAAAGGGAUGAAAAGAGGAGCCACAUGAUGACACAGCUGCAGCCCUGCCUGCCAGGGAGAGGUGUGAAGUUGUGGGAUUAUUUCCCAGAGGAACUGGCAGAAGUCACUUUGGGUGAGAUGUUGGAACAGAGCAGUGGAGAGUCCACAUCAGAAAGCAAUCCACAUAUAAACUGGAAGUUGGAUAGAUCUUAAUGGGCCUUUUCCAACUCUGAUUUUAAUGGCCCUUUAAAACUCCCUAAGUAGUUUUUUUUUCAUGCUUGGCUAGUCCAGACUCCAAACAGGCUUCACUCUGCAUUUAAUGGCCAAAAGCAGUUCACACUGCGUGUUGAUGGUAAUUUCUAACCUCACCCUUACGCAACACUUAAAAAAAUUAGUAUGGAUUCCUGGCUUGGUUUGGCCAGCCUUUUAGUGUAUUCAGUACCCAACCCAGACAGAGGCUUGUUAAAUAUCACAUGAAAGUAGGUCAGCAGGCUUUUCAAAACUGAUGGGGACAUGACCCUUUAGUUGAAGGUGUUGCCGGAAGAAGAAAUUUUCUAGGCCAGCGUCUCUCAAACACAGUGUCUGUCCUUAGAAAUCAUUGACCCCUGCUGUUACAAGGUGUUUUGUAGUUGCAUACAGGUAAAAAGCCAAUAGGCAAGGUGUCAGCAGAUUUUUUUCUUCCACUGAAAAGUAUGUCACAGAUCAUAUUCUUUUCUGAGCACGUUCCCCGAUGUCACGAGGUGCUGGGCAAAAACAAGCACGUGAAAUGGCAACACGUGCUAAGUAUUGCAGGGUUUUAUUAGCACCACCAGGCAGAUUUCCAGGAAAACAGUGUAAGUGGUGACUGCGUUCAGCAAUUGCCCUGUUUCCAUAAACUCUGGGCAGUGCCACUCGUGAUGGUUUCAGCAGGAUCUAAAGAUGAAACCAAUUGAAAGUCAACACAGCUCCUGGAAGAACAGUCCUGUCCUCUUCCCACCCAGCAUGUGAUCCACUCCCUCCACCACUUGACUGAGAGAGAAAGCUGAGGUUCAUGGAUGCAUAUCGGGUCUGACUCCUCCACCAGCCAAGGAGCUUCCAACUUGCUUCAGGGACCACUUUGAGGAGGGGAAGAAGAGCUCACUCUCUGUGGCCUAUCCCUACCAAUGGCAAUACCAACAUGGGUAUGAUCCAUGCCAGUGGGAAGCCAACUGGGGGCACCAACCUCUUCUUACAUAGGCCCCAAACAGGCAGAAGGUUCAGACUUGCAGCCCUUACUGAUGUGGGUUCAGAGUGGCAAUCUCAAGCGUGUCCCCAUGACUAGCAUGGCCCCCACUGCUGUGGUACCCUCGGAGCUCACCAUGUGUAAUGCAUUUAUCUCCACCCUACCCCUAGCAGAAGCGAGGUGCUGUGGAUCUUCUUUAACAAGAGAGAACUGAGGGGGUGGACAAACAAAUUACAGUGAGCUAAAAGGGAAGAAGGAUUUACUGCAAAGCAGCUGCUCUUCGGUAGCUGUCCACCGUACUAACUUCUCGUUCCCAUUUCACUCAGAGCAGACCUAUAGUGGUUUCACUUUUACUUACCACAGAGCAGGGACAGGACAGUUACUGCAGAUGAUCUGAUGUACGGCAAAACUUUGCCUCACUUUAACUUGCUUGAGACACAGAGACCUGCUACAAUUUUACAGAUAUUUCGGGGCUUACCUAGUCAGACUGACUAAUCCUGAUGCUGUGGGACCUUUCCUUGCUCCCGGCACAGAGAGGAAUGGGGAAAUAAAGGUUUCCUGCUACAACGGCAGUUCUAAAAAAAAGCUUCCUUUGGCGAUCAGCGCUUAGUGUCUGGGAAUAUCCAACUGUCCUUCCCAUUUCUGUCUCCCUCAUGAUGCUGUGCUUUCAUGCGUGGUAAAUUGAAUUCUUACCCUAUCCAUACAACACUCCAUGGCUGUCCUCAGCAGGGUCCAGGGCCUUUCGGCAGAGGGUGAUACUUCGAAUAGCAAGUAUGAAUGAGGCAUCUAAAUCUCCCUGCUGGCUCAGUCAGUCUGAUGUGAAACGCUGAGCUUGUUAGUUCUUAGAGAUCACCUCGAGAGCCGGCAACAUUUGGAAAUCGGCUCUGGAGCUGAGAAACACACACAGCAUCUUUGUAGGAAGAGACAGCAUCUAGCUGCACCAUCUUCUGGCAGGGGUCCCUAAGUCAGUCCAACCUCUCCUCCACCCUCUCUCUCCCUCCCUUUCCUCCCCCCACAGCAUAUUUCUCUCCAGGGCUGCUGCUUAAUUGUUGUCCCUCCUUCCUGCUCCCCUUCCCAGCAGGGCACCAAGACAUUCCUGCAUUAUUGAUCAGUGAUGGAUGAACCCAUCGUAUUGCUCUUGUACCUAAUGGGCUCAGUGUCAGAAUUCAAGUACUUCCAGGAUAAAUACAGGCAAUUUCUGCACUGGAAUGAGCAGGCUUUAAUUGAAAAUUGCUUGAGUUAAGGAGAGGGAUCUCUGUAUUUUAAAGCAGAGGACAUUUCAUGGCGGAGUAACUAGAAAAAAAGCUCCUUAAUUUCAUUUCCUACUUGCUAUUGACUUCUCAUGGACAGAUUUCUUAAAGGAAUGCAACAUCCAGCCACUCCUCUGGUCUCAGCUGGGUUUAGGGUGUCACCUUGGUUCUCAAUGGGAGUUUGGGGAUAAUGAGCCCCUUUGAGAAUCUGGUCCUUUAUGACAAGUCUAUACAUUUUUAACAGAAUAGUCUUAAACCACCUAAACUGUCUGGGGCUGAUUCUGAUGCCACUCACCCAGGUUUUCUAUUGGUGUAAUUUAGCUGAUGUUUUUGGGAGCUUCUGAGAGCUCGGCACGUUGGAAAAUCAGGUGGAUGACUCGAGACCCUAAUUAUGGACAUAAAAGUCCAACUCCAAGCUCCUGCUUGUGACAUGGUUGGUCUAUCCUCAGCCAGUGAUCCUGGGUCCACUUAAAUGCAUGUACCAGGUGCUCUGUCGUUACUGCCGUGAGGAAUAACCACAAUAUCAGUAGUAACCUGUAGUGCUUUUCACCUGGAUAUAAUUCUUCACAUUUCCCAAAAGGUCUCGGUGUCUCAUUCAUUCCCUGCUGUGUGGACUGCUCUUGGGAAAGUGGAGUUGUCCAAAAGAGCAGCAUGUGUUUAACCACUAUCAGAGGCUUGGAAGGGACCUUUUGGGUCAUUUUGUCCAACCCCCUUCACAAAUGCAGCAUGCACUUAUCCUAAACUAUCCCAGGCCAAUGCUUAUCUGACCUUUUUUUGAAACCUGCUAGUGAAGGAGAUUCUGUGACUUCUUUAGGCAGUUUGUCCCAUCGCCCUACUGUUUUUGCAAUUGAGGACAAAAAGGCAUGACUCUAGCCCACGCUGCUGCAAUAGUACAGAAUAUGAUCAUUCUUUUUCCAGUAUUAAUCCCAGGAAGACAUUCUUUCCAGUGGCUAGAUAAUUAAACACUGCCUAAUUAAAUUUCUUAGAAGCAGCUGAACAGGCAGGGCUUAAUAAUAGGAGUGAUAUGAAGGAGCAGCUGAAAACCACCAAGGCAGAAGAGAUCAUAUGAGCAUGCCUCUGCAUUUGUAAGCUAGCUGGGGUCAGUCCCUGUCUUAAAGGCUCUGUGCCUGCCUUGGUAGCAGCCAGAUGGGCCCCUGCAAUCAAAAUGAGCCCCACUGAAAUGAAAGAGGCUCCAUACAGUUGCUCUCCUUUGCAAAUUUAAGUUUAAAUAGAGUCAGAGUACAGAGUAGCAGUGACUUGGCCAGACUACCGAGCUCCCACCUGGCGAGCUCGGGAGUUGUGCCAUCUGUAAGUGCAGACUUUGUUUCCUGGGGCCAGAUCCUCAGCUGGUGUAAAGUGGCUUCAGUGGAGCUACAUGUGCUUUUAUACCAGCUCAUUUUUUAACUUGUGUUUAUUUUCAGCACUUGAGGCCUGGAGGCAUGGGGGAGGUAAGGGAAACAGUAACCAAGAAAUGUGAAAUAAUCUUUAAAAAGGGCUCAAAACCACUUUGCUUCUAUUCUAGUGCUAGCUUGCCUCUGACAACAGUACAUCCCCCUCAGCCCCUGUCCCUCCCCACAUGGACACAGAGACAAGAUUCAGGGCUUUGGUCAGUAUAGCUUUUUGAGGAUGCAAUGAACAGGGCUCCCACCAAUUUUCAUGGGUCCCUGUUCGUCCGGGACCUCAGUCUUUUCCUGACGGCCUAUAUUCCUGGUGCUCCAGUGCCGCAGCGAUGGGCACACAUCCAAAGCUCACUGAAGUCAGUGAGACUCUGCAAUGGAUCAGACCCUCAGUGUCUAGCUAGGUUGGUUCCCAGCAGGUCGACCUGGUGGCACAGCCUGGCCGGUUGGUGGUGGGAAGCCCUUUUCCCUCAUGUGGCUGUCCUGAAAGCCCAGAGGCUGGCUAAUCAGGCACAGCAUUUUAUUUCUCUCGACAUCCUGGCUGGCCGACCAGGCCCCCAGAUUCAUGGGGUAUGGUGACAUCUUCACUAUUCAUCACGGCCCUGCGUGGCGGCUUCGUGCCUCAGACCUGCUGACAUGCUCCCUGAUGUUACCUUCACCCUCUAGCAUGAGAUUUCCCUCCGCAGCAACAUCGGCCGGGUAGAGAGAGAGGAUGCACGUGUGUGUCGGGAGGGGACAGCUAACAUUUGCUGUCUCUUUAAGGAUGCUCUCCUGUUGCUACUUUACAGAGUUCAGAGCAGAUCACUGUUUGCCUUAGCAAGAGUAGGGAGGAGGAGAGGCGGGGGAGGAAGAAAGGCGAGAGGAUACUAAGAGGAGAGAUUGGCAUUUUUGCAUCAUUUCUUUCAGUCACAGAGCAGCGGGUAAAAAAAGUCUGGUUGGCACCAUACACCCCCACCCCCACAUGCCCUGAACGCACCUCUGUCCAAGGGGAGACACCCCCGUGCUGCCUUCAAAUGCACUUGCAUGCUGCAUCUUGCUCCCACCAGCCAGAUCCCGUAGGAGCAUCUCUCUCCCCUUGCAUCAGGGCUAUUCUGACUCUUGCUUUCUCUGAAGGCAGCAGCAGCAGCAGCAGCACUGAUUUUAGCCACGCAGGAGCUAAGGAGGAAAACCCCAAAACCCCAAUACCUCAGGACAGAGAGACAGGUAGGCAAGCAGGGCUGCGGGGAGAGAGAGAAGCAGAGCCAGGAGCUGCCGGCAUCUGCUCCCACUGCUGGCCUCUCCCCAGGGGAGCGACACACCAUAGGGUUGCAGUCACUAGGAAAUGCCUCCGCGUGAAUGAUGGGGAAACCUUUCUUCUGCUGAUCUGCUCGUGAGAACGUCGCUCUGCCUCGACUGCCAGUGAGAGAGAGAGAGGAGGGGGAGGAGGAGGAGAGGGGGAGGGAGAGAAGAAAGGAGGACAGAGAGAGAGAAAGACAGACAGAGGGAAGGAGGGAAAAAGAAGGAGAUGGCACUUUAAAAGCCAGCCCUGGCAAUGAUCACCAGAGCAGCCCCGAGGAACCUGCCGGUGCCCCCUCCUCAGCCAUCACCCAGCCCGUGAGCCUUCUCGAUGGAAGAAGAUUUUGGGAGCCCCAAUGCCAGCGUGAUUGGGGAAAGGUCUCUCCCCGGCGGGAGCAGCUGGGUGGCCGCCUUCCUCUGCUUCAUCAUCCUGCUGACUGCCGUGGGGAACUUCCUGCUCAUCCUGCUCAUCUUCACGCAGCGCUCCCUGCGCAACACCUCCAACUACUUCUUGGUGUCCCUCUUCAUGGCCGACCUCAUGGUUGGCUUGGUGGUCAUGCCGCCGGCCAUGCUGAACCAGCUGUACGGCCGGUGGGUGCUGGAGGGCGAGUUCUGCUCCAUCUGGUACGCCUUUGACAUCAUGUGCUGCAGCGCCUCCAUCCUCAACCUGUGUGUCAUCAGCCUCGACAGGUACCUGCUCAUCAUCUCCCCGCUCAAGUACAAGCUGCGGAUGACCUCCUGCAGGGCCGUCUGGCUCAUCUUUGCGACCUGGACCUUAGCCGCUUUGGCCUCCUUUCUGCCCAUCAAGAUGGGGUGGCACGAGCUGGAGUUUGAGAUCACACCGCUCAACAUCACCUCCCACAUGGAAGAGGACCAGUGCAGGCUCCUGGUCAGCUUGCCUUUUGCCCUGAUAGCCUCCUGCCUGACUUUCUUCCUCCCAUCCGUGGCUAUUUCCUUCACCUAUUGCCGGAUCCUCCUGGCAGCCAGGAAGCAAGCGGUGCAGGUGGCGUCCCUCACCACCAACGUGACCUCCACUUCAGAUGAUCCCACACAACAGGUCUCCAGAGCCCAGAGCCAAUCGGCGGCCACGAGCGAGAGCAGGAAAUUUGCCAAUAAGCACAGCAAGAAAGCCUUGAAGGCCAGCCUGACCCUGGGCAUCCUGCUGGGCAUGUUCUUCGUGGCCUGGCUCCCCUUCUUUGUGUCUAACAUGGCACAAGCAGUAUGUGACUGCAUCCCUGCCGGCUUCUUUGACGUGCUCACCUGGCUUGGUUACUGCAACAGCACCAUGAACCCCAUCAUCUACCCGCUCUUCAUGAGGGACUUCAAGAGAGCCAUGGCCAAGUACCUGCCCUGCUGCCGGCGCUCGUGGGAACGCAGGCCCAGCGCCGUCUCCCUGUCGAUGAGGAACUCCAACAGUGGGCAGCGGCUGGGGAUGUCCCUCAAGAAUGUCCUCACUUUGCAGGGCGAGACUGACUCUGUGGACUCGGUCAUCCAAGUGAACGAGCACAUCUUUCUGCCCGCCUGCAAAGACCAUCACUUGGAGUCCAUCCCAGUCACGGGGGCCGAUUCAGUCAACAUAUUUGACUUGGACCACACAGACCAGGAGCUGCAGAUCAACCAGCUAAACACUCCCAUGGAUUGACCGAGGGGCUUGGAUGGGAACAGAAGACGGCUGGGGAGAGCUCGUUACAGGGUCUCCCAAUUGACAAACUAGCCAUAUGCUGCCUAAUGGUACCUGCUGCAAUAUGGUGUGGCCCCUGAGGACAAAGGCAGAGAUGGAGGAGUAUGUGGCGCUGUGUGUGCGUGUGCAUGUAUGCGUAUAGGUACAGGGACCUCUUGAACCAAAAUGGACCGUAUGGACAUACCGCGGCAUUGAUUUACCAUGAUAUAUAGCCCCCUGCCACUCUGCAAACAAAUCACUGGGUUCUCUGACAGCUUAGCUGCAGGAAGGGAAAUGUAUCUCCUCUUCGUGUGGAAGUCACUAACCAUUUCUUCAUGUUACAGUUUGGGCUUGUUUAAAAAGGUGAAGUCACAUUUUAUUGCUGAA